CUCGAACACUGCCGUUCGGGACAGCCCAUUCUGCGCAAGAGUGAUAGGUUGAACCACCGGGUAGCAAACGCAUAUUACUUCCGCCCACGAUGGCACGGUUACGGAGAAAGUCCAGCACUCUCGGCGCGGAUAUCAGAGGCGACACCAGUGCCCCGGCCAUGUCAACAAUGAACAACUACCAAGCGUCUCGCUACGACACGCCGGAUCAACAGGUACGAGUUUCACGUCCAGCGACCGAUAAGACUGGGAAAUCGCACUCGAAGCGCCGCAGGUCCCGAUCCGCACUGGGCCGCUUCAGAAGUCUCUGCGGCAAGCACACAUGGCUGAUGCCUUUGCUCAUCGUGCUCGUUCUGCUGGCCGGAUAUGCGGUCAAUCCCACUCCGUCGAACCCAAUCCACAGUGCCAUCUUCUUGUCCUACCCGCAAGACCCCAAGUACCCUGGCGGCCCGAUCAUGUAUGGCAAGGGAAAGAAGGAUAUCGCGUUCGUAGCUUUCUAUACCGUUGUGCUGUCCUUCACUCGGGAGUUCCUCAUGCAGCGUCUGAUUCGCCCCUGGGGACAAUGGUGUGGGAUCCGCGGCAAGAGCAAGAUGUCCCGCUUCAUGGAGCAGGUCUACACGGCCAUGUACUUUGCGGUUUUCGGCCCGUUUGGUCUCUAUGUCAUGAGCAAGACGGAUAUCUGGUACUUCAACACCACGGCCAUGUUUGAGGGCUUUCCUCACCGGGAACACACCGCUAUCUUCAAGGCCUAUUAUCUUCUCCAGGCGAGUUACUGGGCGCAGCAGGCCAUUGUUCUGAUGUUGCAGCUGGAGAAGCCGCGCAAGGACUUCAAGGAGCUCGUUGGUCACCAUAUCAUCACCCUUUCGCUUAUCGGACUGAGCUACAGAUUCCACUUUACGUAUAUGGGCCUGGCGGUCUAUAUCACACAUGAUAUCUCGGACUUUUUCCUCGCGACGUCGAAGACAUUGAACUACCUGGACUCUAUCGUCAUUGGGCCUUACUUUGGCCUCUUCGUCGGAGUGUGGAUAUACUUGCGCCACUACAUCAACCUCAAGAUCUUGUGGGCUACCUUGACGGAAUUCCGCACCGUGGGUCCUUUCGAGUUGAACUGGGAGACACAACAGUACAAGUGUUGGAUCAGUCAGUACAUCACAUUUGCUCUGCUUGCAUCCUUGCAGGCGGUGAAUUUGUUCUGGCUCUUCCUUAUCCUGAGGAUCUUGAAGAACUACCUGUUUGACAACGUCAAGAAGGACGAGAGAAGCGACAACGAAGAUGAAGGAGAAGAGGAUGAAGUCGCGCCUAAGGAGACCAACGGGACCGCCACUCUGCCCAACGGCGAUGAGAAAGCUUCCGUGACUCGUCGCAAUGUCGGUCAGGAGAACCAUGCGCCCCAAGUUCUGGUUAAUGAUGAACCCGUCGACAACAGCGCCACGAAGACCAAUGGCACCAAGAAGAGCCGGUGAAUAAUACCGCAUAGUCUUUCAUGAACCCGGAAUCGCUGAGUAUCAGCACUGAAGGCAUGUCGUUAGAAAAAGGGGAUGCUACGUCGUUCACGCCUACUGUCUAGUAUUGUAUAUGAGUUUAUCUGAAGCUGA